GCGGGCUCACUCGAUAGCCUCGAUAGAACGGCCGUCGUUUUGUCUGGCGCACGACGGGCUUUCAGCAAUAUGGCGAAGUGUGUCACGGGGGGCACGGUGAGACGUAGUGUCGUUUGAGAAGAUGACAAGUUCGCGGUAUGGGUUGAGAAUAAUGUAGCGGUGACGUGCGUAUCGUGCGAGAGUCCGACGUAAUCGUGCACGUAAACUGCGUCGUCGAGCGGUUGUGUUCUCCCCGGUCACGGUGAUACACGGGAUACGAGAGUGUGCGCGCCUUCGCCGUCGCCGGUGUGUGCAGAGAAGUCAUGGCUACGGAUAAAAUAAAGGUCGCCGUACGGGUACGGCCCUUCAAUCGCAGAGAGUUGGAACUCGGUACGCAAUGCGUCGUCGAGAUGACAGAGCAGCAGACCAUCUUGCAGCAUCCCACCACGAUGGACAAGAUCGAUCGGAACAAGCCGAAGACCUUCGCGUUCGACCACUGCUUCUACUCCCUGGAGCCCGGGGCGGAGAACUUCGCGAGCCAGGAAAUCGUCUUCGAUGCCCUGGGUCGCGACAUCUUGGACAAUGCGUUCCAAGGUUACAACGCCUGCAUCUUCGCUUACGGACAGACCGGCUCCGGGAAGUCUUACACGAUGAUGGGCAGUGGCGACAACAAAGGGAUAAUACCGCGGCUGUGCGACAAUCUCUUCGACAUGAUAGCGAAGCAACAGAGUUCCGAGCUCACGUACAAGGUCGAGGUGUCUUACAUGGAGAUUUACAACGAGAAGGUGCACGACCUCCUGGACCCGAAGCCGAACAAGCAGUCGCUCAAAGUCAGGGAGCACAAUGUCCUGGGGCCCUACGUGGACGGACUCAGUCAGCUGGCGGUCACUUCAUUCCAGGACAUUGACAAUCUCAUGGCGGAGGGUAACAAGUCGCGAACGGUCGCGGCGACGAACAUGAACUCGGAGAGCUCCCGUUCGCACGCCGUGUUCUCGGUGAUUCUCACGCAGACUCUGACGGACUCGAAGAGCGGGGUCAGCGGGGAGAAGGUCUCUCGGAUGAGCUUAGUGGAUUUAGCUGGGAGCGAAAGGGCUGUGAAAACCGGGGCGGUGGGUGAUAGACUUAAAGAAGGAAGCAAUAUUAACAAGUCCCUAACGACGUUGGGUCUAGUCAUUUCAAAGCUGGCGGAUCAGAACUCCGGGAGCAACAAGAACAAGGACAAAUUCGUGCCGUACAGAGAUUCUGUCCUUACGUGGCUCUUGAAGGAUAAUCUUGGUGGAAAUAGCAAAACCGUAAUGGUGGCCACUAUAUCGCCGGCCGCAGACAAUUACGAAGAGACGCUAUCGACCCUCCGAUACGCCGACAGAGCGAAGAGGAUAGUCAAUCAUGCUGUGGUCAACGAGGAUCCCAAUGCCAGGAUUAUUCGCGAGCUCAGGCAGGAGGUGGAGACCUUAAAGGAGAUGUUGCUACACGCCACAGGUCAAGGAUCUAUCGUCGGCCAGCAACGCACAGACAUCACGGAAAAGCUGUCGCAGUCGGAACGGCUGAUGAAGGAGAUGUCGCAGACGUGGGAGGAGAAGCUCGUGAAGACCGAGAGACUGCAGCACGAAAGGCAGCAGGCUCUGGAGAAGAUGGGAAUAAGCGUGCAAGCAUCCGGCAUUCAAGUGGAGAAGAACAAGUAUUACCUGGUGAAUCUGAACGACGACCCGAGCUUGAACGAGCUGCUGGUUUAUUACCUCAAGGAGAGAACUCUCGUGGGCGGUCGCUCGGCCAAGAUCGAGCAGGACAUCCAGCUGCACGGUCUGGGUAUUCUGCCGGAGCACUGCGUCAUCACGAUAGAGGAGUCAGGCCUGUACAUGACGCCGUUGAACGGCGCCCGAUGUUUCGUCAACGGCACGCAAGUGGUGAGCAAGACCCCGCUGUUGCACGGCGACAGGAUCGUCUGGGGCAACCACCACUUCUUCCGAGUGAACUGCCCGAGGAGCGCCACAGCGAUCAACAGCGAGCCGCAAACUCCGGCGCAGAACAUCGACUACAACUUCGCCCGAGAGGAGCUUAUGCUCAACGAGCUCUCCAACGAUCCCAUUCAGAGAGCCAUCGCGAGACUGGAGAAGCAGCACGAGGAGGAUAAGCAGGUCGCGUUGGAGAAGCAGAGGCAGGAGUACGAGCGGCAGUUUCAACAGCUGCGCAACAUACUGUCGCCUUCCACGCCAUACUCACCUUACGUACCGUACGAUCCGCUGAGGGGCAGCCAAAGCGGCAAGCUGCCGGCUUGCACGCCGACUACCCAAAUGCGCGUCGAGAAGUGGGCGCAGGAGCGCGACGAGAUGUUCAAGAGGAGCUUGGGUCAGCUGAAGACGGACAUCUUGAAGGCCAACGCGCUGGUGCAAGAGGCCAAUUUCCUCGCGGAGGAGAUGGACAAACAGACGAAAUUCAGCGUCACCCUGCAGAUCCCUCCGAACAAUCUCAGCCCGAACAGGAAGAGUGUAUUCUUUCAGCGGGGCGCGUUUGUCAGCGAGCCCGCGAUUUUAGUGAAGAGAACGAAUACGGGUAGCCAAGUGUGGUCGAUGGAGAAACUAGAGAAUAAGUUAGUCGAUAUGCGGGACAUGUACGAGGAGCGGAAGGACCCACACAACUGUCAGCGACUACCUUCCAUCAAGGACGAAGUGCCGGGGAAAACGCAGGAUCCGUUUUACGAGUCCCAGGAGAAUCACAAUCUUAUCGGCGUCGCCAAUAUUUUCUUAGAAGUACUGUUCCACGAUGUACGGUUAGAUUAUCACACCCCGAUUAUUAGUCAGCAAGGAGAGGUCGCUGGUCGACUGCAGGUCGAGAUAAGUCGCAUAUCCGGGCAGUUCCCUCAAGACCGGAUCUGCGAGGCCGCCUCGGAGUCCUCCGCGGACUCGACGUCCUCCGAGCCGGAGGACUACUCGGGCUCCAGCCACAUCACGUGCCGCGUGACGAUAAAACAGGCCACCGGCUUGCCGCUGUCGCUGAGCCACUUUGUGUUUUGCCAGUACAUGUUUUGGGGCCACUCAGGACCGAUAGUGGUCCCGCCGGUGGUGAACGCCGAGUUGCCGAACUCAAACUGCAUCACCGGCCAGAGGGACUCCUUGGCGUUCAAGUUCGAUCACACGAAAGACUUCACCGUGCCCAUCACGGAGGAGUUCAUCGAGCACAGCGCUGAAGGAGCCUUGAGCAUAGAGGUGUGGGGCCACCGGAGCGCCGGCUUCUCACGCAGCAAACCCGGCUGGGAGGUGGAGCAGCAACAGCUGGCGAAAGCCAGGUCGCUCGCUGACCGGUGGUCGGAGUUGACGAGGAAGAUCGAACUGUGGGUGGAGAUACAGGAGCUCAACGAGCAAGGCGAGUACUCGCCCGUCGAAGUCGCGGUGAAGCAAGACACAUGCACAGGCGGCAUUUAUCAGCUUCGGCAAGGCCAACAACGUCGGAUACAAGUCCGAGUGAAACCAGUACAAAAUUCCGGAACCUUACCGAUAAUCUGCCAAUCGAUAUUAAAUAUAGCCGUUGGGAGCGUGUCUGUGCGGAACCGACUGCAAAUUCCGUUAGAUAGUUAUCAAGACGAGGACCUGAGCAUACUGAGGGAAAAGUGGAGCGACGCUUUGAUGAGAAGGAGACAGUACCUCGAUCAGCAGAUUCAGAAGCUCAUCAAUAAGCAAGACAAAACGGAGCAAGACAUGGAGCGAGAACAGAGUCUCGUGGACCAGUGGGUCAGUCUCACGGAGGAGCGGAACGCCGUUCUGGUUCCCGCGGCGGGUUCUGGCAUUCCUGGUGCUCCCGCUGACUGGACUCCUCCCUCGGGAAUGGAGCCUCACAUCCCCGUAUUGUUCCUCGAUCUCAAUGCCGACGACCUGUCGACGCACCAGUCGGGAGAGGAAGUGUCGGUGACGGGGUUGAACUCGAUUCUACCGAAGGAACACGGAAACAAGUUUUACAACCUGCCGAUCAUCCGACACCUGGAGAAAGAUGUAUGUGCCAUCGCCGCUUGGGACUCCAGCAUACACGACAACGUGCAUCUGAAUCGAGUAACCGAUGCGAACGAGAGGGUGUUCCUCAUCCUGAAGACUACCGUCCGCUUGUCGCAUCCGGCGCCGAUGGACCUCGUGCUGCGCAAGAGGCUAGCUUUAAACAUAUACAAGCGGCAGAGCAUCACGGACAGAAUCUUCAAGAGGAUCGUUCGCACCGACUGCUUGGCGCAGACGGGCGUCACCUACGAGGUCGUCUCGAACAUACCGAAGGCGAGCGAGGAGCUGGAGGACCGCGAGAGUUUAGCGCAAAUCGCCGCCAGCGGGGAGGACAACAGCUUGUGCGACGGCGAGACUUACAUAGAGAAAUACACCCGCGGCGUAUCCGCCGUCGAGAGCAUCCUGACGUUGGACCGAUUACGGCAGAGCGUCGCCGUGAAGGAACUGUUGCAAGCCCAAGGUCAACCACUGAUGCGCAAGACCGCAAGUGUUCCAAACUUCUCGCAGAUCAUGAGAUUUGACACGUCGAUGGACUCGUUGAACGUCACCCGCUCGGAAAGCGUGACGGAUCUCAACACGGAGAUGAACGGUCUGCCGCAUCCGCGACGCGCGUCCACUGGCCACGCGAGGAACGACGAGAACUUCAUAUCCGCUCCGCCGAAGCCGUUUGGAAUCGGCUCCAUUCUGAACUCAGCGAGACCAACUUUCCUGAAUCUCAACCUGAAUCUCAACUCAUUGACUCGUCUUCAACAAUCUACCUCUGCCAAGUCAUCUCCGAACAUGGUCGGUAGCAAGCUGGGGCUUCGCAUGACCACGUUGCACGAGGAAACGUCGAACGUGGGUAAUCAAGCAUCCACUCCCAUCAACGACGACGACGAGGAGAAGAGCGACGCGGACUAUUCUGAAUAUGACUCAUAUCAGGCUCCACCGAAGCCGGUGAAACCGCUACCCUCUUCACGCACACUGGAUUCCCUGGUCGAGCUGCAGUCGACGAAGAUCAACACGCCUAGUAUGAGCAGCAGCGGUUACGGCUCUCAGGCCGUGUCCACCACGAACCUCACGUCGGAGGACUCCAUCUCUAUAAAGUCCAUCAGCGUGGACGAGACUCCGGACUUGGAGUGCCGCAACCUCCUCGACAGCAAGAAGGCCGAGAAGAUGGACAGCUCCCUCGUCGAGGAGACGCCCGAGGAGUACCUGGGAGAAGUGAACGCCGCGCUGGACAACUUGAACGUCUCGCCGAACGUUUGCAUAGAGGAACACAGUAGGAAAAAUCUGGAGGAGACAGGGGCGUACAUGGACACUGACAUCGACAGCCCGAUUUCCUCCACGAAGAGCGAGAGCGACACCAACAGCAGCAGCGCGACCCACCACGUCGAGACACAAAGGAAAGGCGCACACGACCAGAUUCUCGACGACAGACGGAAAAGCGAAAUGGAGAUCAGCCAGACGUCCAAUUCCGGGGACGACAGUCCUAUGGAAGGAACCUCCGUCGUACACACCAAACUGCCACCUGGCAAGGUCGUGCGAAGAAGAAAGACUUCUAGUGGUACAGGAAGGCCUACCAGUUCGCAGCAUAGAGCUUCGUUUCCUAUGGUCCGUCCACAACUUUCUGAGAGUAAGGCUGCAGCACGUUUGGAGCAAACGCUACAACCUAGUAUGCCAUAUGAAAACGGCGACAAUAGUUCUUCGGAGAGAAUCGACGCAGACGACGUCAGCGAUAAAAGUUCGGCUUUCGGUUCGAGGCACGACUUGACACGAGUGGAAACACCUUUACCGGCGUGGGUCGUCAUCGGUGAAUCCGUUUUGGUUCGUCCUUACAAUUAUUCCGGGGUCAUAGCGUAUAUCGGCACCACAGAAUUCGCAUCCGGCACCUGGAUAGGGAUCGAACUUGACGCUCCAACUGGCAAGAACGAUGGUGCUGUUAACGGUCACAGGUACUUCACGUGCCGGUCAAAAUGCGGCAUAUUCGUCAAGGUGGACAAGCUGAUACAAGACAGACGAAUCGGAAGAGCGCUCAGGAUCUACGCGAAGCAGGAGACUGCGCCAGCACCAUCCGCGCCUAUGCGCAGGAGCGUUAGCAAGGGCGAAGGGUUACAUUCCUUGCACCGAAGUCGCAGCCGAGGGGAGGGCCUCUCUACAACAGGUACACGUUCUUUUCCACGCGGCAAGUAAAUGGAUCACACACAUACACAAGAGUACACACAAAGAAAGAGAGAGAGAGAGAGAGAGAGAGAGAGAGAGAGAGAGAGAGAGAAAGAGAGAGAGAGAGAGAGAGACAUACACACUGCUUCACCAUUACUUCGUGGUAAUAAGGAAAGAAAAGCUACUACAUAAUAUCCUAAUUGCUACAUGCCUAUGAUAUGUGUAGCAGCAAUGUUUCAGUCCUUUAGACAUUAGGGCAGCUAUCGAUUAUUAAUUAUUACAAAGUAAUACUUGAGAUAUUAGGUCAUUAAUGUGUGUACCACACGAAGCGUGGGAUGUUCUCGACUCGGAUUCAUGCUGUGUGAGCGGUGUAUCUACUUCGCUACUCCGGGGUAGCGAGUCGCCGCGCUGUGUGUGUAUCGAAUGUCGCUCGCGCGACGCAUAUCGAUUGAUUUCCGACAUGCAUUCCAUAAUUUUACUUCAACGACUGGUCUCAUCACGAGCAAUCUGUGUUUCGCGGAGAGGGCACGCCCUGCGAUCUUAAUUGUACAUUUCUCAAGCGAAUCAAAAGUCAGCGCACGAGCACUUUCCUUCUUUCUUCCGCCUGCCUCACCCUCGGCGUGUCCGCCCUGGGAGGGGCACGGCGAUGAUAAUUUGACGCAUAUAUACAUAUAUAUACACGCAUUAUCGUACAUGUAUAUUCCAUGUAACUUGCAUUUACUGACACGUUCUAUCCGCGUUGGCGCGAUCAAUCGGCUGAACAUUGGCGUCACCGUCACACAUCGGACGUAACACUUUCCGAAAUUACCGACACGGUAAUUUACGCCGCCGGUAAAGUGCCCAAUGGAAUGCAUCGAGCCUGCAUAAUGUUUUCGAAACGUUUCACACGCAUAUUUCACCGCGUUGUGUUUGUACACCGUUUAACCUUUUCGCUGCGGCCGGACUGGCGGCGGAGCUGCUUCGCUGUACGCACAGUUUCGCCGCCGCUGAACGCGCGUGACGGACACUGGAGGGCAGCAGCAGCGCGACCGACGUCUGUCUGAUUGAUUUGUCGCGUCCGCGUGAACACAAAUAGCUCCGAUAAAUUGAAUUAAACUUUUUAUUUGCGUCGCGAGAAAGUCCGCUGCUCGACGAUCGCGAGCUGUCCAUCGACUCUCCGUGCAAGUUGCGAGGGAGAGCCGCCGCAGUGGCGGCGACUCGUUGCAGGAAGACCUUCCUCCAACGGGAGCUUCCUCCGCUAUGGCGACGCGCGCUAGCGAAAAGGUUAAAGACUCUUAUAUAUAUAUAUAUAUAUAUGUAUAUGUAUAUGUAUGUGCAUACAAUUGUUUCAUAUAUUGUAUUUUUUUAGCGCAAUCUGUUAAGUUCCUUAUUGUAUUAUAAAGCCUUCUGUCACAGUUAUUUUAUUAUGUCACGCGAACAUGACACGCGGUUUAAUUUAUAUAUACGGCAGUCUAGACGCGUACGUAGCAUCUCCGAGAGUCGCAAGUUGCUCCUCUGACGGCGGCUGGUCGAUUCGAGGAGCAAGUUGCGAGCUCAACGGUCAACAAUGUCCACUGAGGUUCGCAAUACUAGGUUUAUAGAUUUAGGUAGUAGAGAAGCUACAUAAAAUAAGCUUGCUUCGUUGUAUCGACCGCAUAACCGUAUUUAUCCAGUCUUUUGAUAAACAUUUGGGUUGCCGAUGUUGUAUCACCUUUCGUGGGCGGCACGGAGAUUAGCAAAUCAAUUUAUAUAUAUAUAUAUAAUAUAUAUAUAUAUAUAUGUGUACAUUUCAUAUCUUUUAGCGCGAUUUGCUCAUUAUAUUAACGAUAUACCGAUUGUUUCACUCGCUUCGUCUCGGAGACCACCACCACUUGAACACACCAACCUGCGCGAAAUCAAACGACGAGAAUAUUCUUCUAUUUUUCUCUUGAUUCACACGGGAUAGAUUGGCGUGGUGUAAGAACGUGAGACAAAAAAAGAUGAGGAGGAAAGGAAUAAAAAAGAUAAAAAAAAAAAGAAACCGAAGGAAUACACACACUAAUUAACAGCUAAGGUUACUCGUACAUUCGCCCAAAAUUGUGAAGAAAACAACUCCUGUCCAAUUAGAACAAUACUUAUAUUAUCAAUAUAAUGAGUAUAUAUUACUGUAUGUAAUAUUUAUUGAAUAUACUAAUAAUCGCUAUACGCGCGCAGCGCGCGCGACGUUCCCUCGUCGCGGCCGACACUCCCCGGUCGCCCCCCCGCCCCGCCCUCGGUUUUCUGUACGUAAACGAAAAUUAUCCCCCCGCGAGGAGGAAACGUCGCCGCGGCCACAGCGGCAUCUGUCCAUUUUUGGUAUAAUCGAGAUUGUUGAGGGGAAGAAACGCAAAACUAAAGACUCACACACGUGUCACGGCGAUGCUACAUGCCUGCCCGGCAUACACAUACGACAAUUAAUAAAUCUCUUUGUUUCGAACACCGCGGUUCCCUCCCAGUCGGUUCUCGCGUUAGUACAAUACGAUCGGCAUUCGCAUUCCUUUCGACGUUUCGAGAUGGCGCGCCGAGGCUCGCGUACGACCAGCCCACAGACUUCCAUGUACAAGCUAGGCUGAGAAGUUCCAUUGGUUUUCAUGUAUAAAAGUAACCCUUAUGUAAAAGCACAGACUUCUAUAUAUACAUAAGCUAGACUAAGAACUUUCAUUGGUUUUCAUGGUGCAAAAGCGUCUCUUGUGUAAAGCAUAGAAUCGUGCGCGCAUGCGCAUUGCGAGGUCCCGAAAGGAACAUAACUGCAUCGUACAGACAUUUUUACUCCGGGAAAUGUUAAUAUUUAUCCAAUAUUUAAUAUCUAUGUGAACAUUGAAUGUGACAUUGCAAGAGGAAAUGUCAAAUAUUGGACAAAUAUUAACAUUUUAACCGGAGUAAAAAUGUCUGUACGGUGCGGUAAUAUUCCUUUCGGGACCUUGCGAUGCGCAUGCGCAGGAUUUUAGUACAUACUUUUAGGGGACGUGUUAAAGCACAGACUUUCAUAUAAUACGCUAGACUGCUAACUGCGUCCCUUUCACUGUUGCCAAAAAGUGUGUGCGACUUGCGCAGAAUACGAACUAAGGGGAUGCGCAGUAAACAGUUUUAUAUACUUCUGUAGGCGCGUUACCGUUUCGGCGUGUUUUUCUGUGAGUAUUUAUUUACAAUUUAUAUAAAAAUUUAAUAACAAAAUUUUAUAAUUUGACAUACCAUAUAUGUAUUUUUCACGAUCACACGCACACACACACGAGUAUUUUAUUACUUACCGUAAUUUUACCAAUAUUAUUUUUCGCGAUACGUAUUUUUUUCUUAACUUAUUAUAACUGAUAUUAAAAACGUGUAUCACAUUCGGGCACGUCUUGUUGCAACGGCGAUUACAUAUACGUGUGUCACUUCGAAAGGAAUUAGGAUCGCGUCCGUAUUUUGCGCAUCUGCUCCGCGCAUUACAUGUACAUAGGCAACAUUUAUAUACAUAAGGAGAACAAUAGGAGUUAGCAGUCUAGUGUAUUAUAUAGAAGUCUGUGUGUUAAAGAGACAAAUUGUCAGUCUAGUGUAUAUAAUAUAGAAGUCUUAUGUGUAAAGAAUAAAAUCAUGCGCACUUCUUGUUGAGCUAACUGAUGGUUAAAUAAAUCAUAUGUUUAUGUCUCUGUCUCUCCUUCAAUUUGGACAAAGACGGACGUAUGAUUUAACUGCCAGUUAACUCACCAAGACGUUGAAACAACCGGCCCUGAAUGUGUGUUGUUGAACGUGACAUUGCAAGAGGGGAUAUUAAAUAUUGGAUAAAUAUUAACAUUCUCCGGAGUAAAAACGCCUGUACAAGUUCGCAUUCCUUUCACGGGACCUUGCAAUGCGCAUGCGCGAAAUUUUAGUACAUACUUUUAGGGGACGCGUUAAAGAGAGCAGAGUUACCGGUCUGGUGUAUAAUAUGAGAAGUCUGUGGACCAGCCCGGCCGAGUCGCGGCUUGCUCUCCAGGCGAGAAGGCUCGGCCGGAAGACGGCGUCGUCGUACACGACUUCCGUCCUGCGCGCCCUCAGCUCUUACAAUCGAGUACUGGAUUAUGUUUCCGCCCAGCAACCCUUUAUAAGGCGCGCCAUUUGCGAACGUCGCUUGGUCCCCGGAAAGCCGCAGCGGGAAACUUGACGGAGCGGCAAACUCCAGAGAGAUUAAGCAUUGCGAGAGCUGGAACUCCCUCGACGUAUUCUGCGCCGGGCUCGCGACGGCCUUACAAAGGGUUGACGAGGAGGUGGUCGUUGUGUUAUCGGGAGAGACGUCGUUCGACAAGCUGCAGCGCGGAGCAUUUAGCAUUGGCAGAGCUUACACAGCCUAUUCCAUCCCGCAAUAAGACAAUGUCCAUUUUUACCGUGUUACAAUUGUCUAAAGAUAUAACCGUUCGCACUCUAUACUUUGUACCCUGUGGACGAUUCUAGAGUAAUAUUUUCGACCAAUCGGUUUUACGAGGGUCUCCGGAGGGCCUCCCCCGAAUUCGGCGUCACCGUCGCGACCGCGCAACGCGCCACGGUCUAAGUUCCAAACAAGUCGCACGGGUCCAUCAUUUCGAUCGAGUAUCCUAAACUAAUGGCUGUGAAACCGAUGUUUUGCUGUUCUCACGCUGCUCCCCUCGUUUCUGUCCUCGCGCGCCACCGAGGCCGACCCUCGUCGUCGUCCGGCCGCGGCUCAGCGAGAGCCGGGUCGGACAAAGCACACGUACGAGGUCAACGUCAGGGUCGCGUCGGUAAGACCAGCGAGGACGGCCGCCUUCCCGAAGAGGAGGGAAGCAAUCACGCACGCGUCCUGCGAUCUCACACACCAACACGUCACACCCCCGCCCCGGCCCCGUCUGGACACCGAAAGCCACCCUCGAAACGCUCUUCUGUCCGGUCUCACCUUGGCAACUUUGUAUUAUAUAUACACACACACACACACACACACAUACGUCACAUUGCGCAACGGGGGACAAGGUGUGCACAAAGUCUGCGGCUCCAAGGCCGCGGUGAGCACAAAGCUGUCGUCGCGUCUCGUCCCUCCGGCGGUCCGCUCCUCGACGUGUCUUAUCGACCGCUUGAUUCCUCACCAGCGGCCGCGCUUCGAUGUCGUCAAUUAUACUGGACAAGAAUGCGCGAGAGCGCGAGAGCGUGACGCCGAAGUCGGGAGUCCUCUGAGCCACAUUUCCACGGCGAGACUGUUCGAACGAUCAUACUUAAUGUAAAACCAACACAUGUACAUGUACAACGUAAGCCUCGAGAUUGGUGUUAUAUUUUAAUGUAAUGUAUAAAAAAGAAGAGCGAGCGAGCGAGCGAGAGAGAGAGAGAGAGAGAGAGAGAGAAGGAGAGCGCCAUAACGAGAAGAAGCAACGGACAAAAGUGUGCGUGCGAGGGAAGCUAAGAGCGAAAAAAAAAAAAGAUAGAAAAAAGGCGCGACGAGACGCGCCAACUCGCGCUCGCGCGGCCAAUCGACACAGCGUAAGAAAAACACAGUGUAAGAAAAAAAAAUCAGCGGCGAGGUGCGCGGGUACGCACCCGCGCGCCUCGCCUGUCUCCUCCUCAUUUAUUCUAGCCAUGCUAAGUGGAGACAACAGGAUAACAUUCACCACGACGACGGCACUAUACAUAUACCGAUAGGCAAUCUCAUGGUAACUCACGCGUUCAACUUGGUGUAAUUAAGUAGAGGACCGUGCCGGGAAGACACACACACGGCCGUCACAUACACGCACGCAUACACACACACACAUACACUCACAUUCUCGCCGCUUGAAACUAGAGGAACCCACUCGUGCUAGAGACGUUCGCCACGUUCGUGCCGAGUCCGCUUGGUCCACGCUGACCCCCUCAGUACCUCGCAGCCCUCUACGGACGAGGCCGCUCUCCCUCCAGCCGACAACGAAAGCGACAGUGGGAGGAGGGCGAAUUAGGGCCGUAGAGGGUUCGCUUCUCGUCGGAGCAUCCCGAAAGUAGAUCGCAAUAUCCGUUCACUUCUACAUUUCGAGGCUCGAUGCGGGCACACGCUUCUGACCCCGAAGGGGUCAUCAGCGUUGCGCGACAGCGCGUGGAUCAACUGGAUGAACUAGCUUAAAUCUCGGAAUCGCCGGAUCGAGACUGCCUCUGUCUACUUCGCCGACGAUGCUCGCGAAGAGCGGGAGCCGGGCCGCGAGAUGAAAGCGACGGGAGAGACGGAGAGGGAGAGAGAGAGAGAGAGAGAGAGAGAGAGAGAGAAAGGGACGACGUGGAUAGUUUCAGUCGAUCGGCGAUUCUACGCUGUAAGUGUAGAGCUUCUUCUGCCGGAAAAAAAGAAAGAAAAGAAAAGAAAAUACAGGACGAUGAUAACACAGUUGAUACUAGAUGAUAAGGAUUUCGGGAAUUCUUUGUAGAUCGAUAGGAUGCUGUGUCGUUUGAUCUGGUUGUUAGAUAACCGGAAAUAGGAAAGCCUAUUUUUGCAUUGUGUGAUUAAAGACGAAAAAAAAAAGUAAUAAAAAAGAAAUGAAGAUAUCUAGCCGGCUCGUAUUCACGGCGACGCGCGCACUCGGGGGCGGAGUGCUUAUUACGAAACUCCGAACUAUACAGAAAUGUAGGAUGUUGACUGUCAGUGUCGUAAAUGCCGAUUCGUGUGACUUGUCACUUAUUUCGUUGUACAAUCGACAAGCUUUCGUAGCGUCUUCACGUGUGUGGUUAUUACGUCGCUCUGUAACUCGUUACACCUCACA